UUGCUGCUUUAGCAGCUGUAGUUCGCGCGAAGGUCAAAGUCAAACCGGAGAAGCGAAACUAAUACUACUAUUAUCAUCAGUAUGGCAUCGGCGGUGGUAACAGUCGCAGUCGACGACGGCGAAGCUACGCCACUACUACAGAGUGCUUCAGAUGACUUUCCGAGGAGGAGAGGAUCAUCGGCGAUUAGAGGAGGAGGAGAGAUCACCGCUUCAGUCUCUGCGGAGGAGCCUGACAGUAACGACGGGUCAACACCACCCGUGGCAACCGCACCAAAACAACGCCUUGUGUCUCUCGACGUUUUCCGCGGUCUCACUGUAGCUCUGAUGAUUUUGGUGGACGACGCUGGAAAAGCUUUCCCGUCUAUAAAUCACGCGCCUUGGUUUGGAGUGACACUUGCUGACUUUGUUAUGCCGUUUUUCCUCUUUGGAGUUGGUGUUUCUGUUACUCUCGUCUUCAAGAAAGUACCUAGCAAACCUGAAGCAAUGAAGAAAGUUGUAAUCAGAUCAAUUAGGCUUUUCCUUUUGGGAUUGAUUCUUCAAGGUGGGUAUUUCCAUGGGCGUGAUGAUUUAACUUAUGGAGUUGAUCUUGGCAAGAUAAGAUGGAUGGGUGUGCUGCAGAGGAUCUCCAUUGGGUACUUCUUGGCUUCGAUUAUGGAGAUUUGGCUGGUGAAUAAUGUAGCGGUCGAUUCAGUGGUGACAUUUGUAAGAAGAUACUACUUCCAGUUGGUGCUUGCAAGCUUACUUGGUGCUUUGUACAUGGUAUUGCUGUAUUUUCUUUAUAUCCCAAGUUGGAGUUUUCAACUUCUUAAUCUCAAGGUUGAGUCCAUUCCUGGAUACAGAUCUGGCAAUCAAACAGUUCAAUGUGGAGUGAGGGGCAGUCUUGAACCUGCUUGCAAUGCAGUUGGUUUGAUUGAUCGGUAUGUCCUUGGUCAACAGCAUCUUUAUCAACGUCCAGUAUACAGAAGAACAAAGGAAUGCAGUGUCAACUCACCUGAUUAUGGCCCUCUCCCAGCAGAUGCUCCUGGAUGGUGCCUUGCUCCGUUUGACCCUGAGGGCAUCCUAAGUUCUUUGAUGGCUGCCAUUACGUGUUUUGUGGGAUUGCAUUAUGGGCACAUUCUUGUGCAUGUUCAGGGCGAGAUGGAAAGAGUGAAAUUAUGGUUUUUAACAUCCAUCCCUUUGCUAAUCUUGGGAUUUGGUUUGGAAGUUCUGGGCAUUCCUUUUUCUAAACCCUUGUACACAUUGAGCUACAUGUUCAUCACUGCAGGCGCAUCGGGCUUUCUCUUAACCAUCAUCUUUUAUAUUGUUGAUGUGAAAUGCAUUAGAAAGCCAACAGUAAUAUUUCAGUGGAUGGGAAUGAACGCUCUCAUAACUUAUGCUUUGGCUGCUUGUGACCUGUUUCCAGCAGCUUUACAGGGUUUCUACUGGCGCUCACCUGAAAAUAACCUUGUUGACUUCACUGAGAGGCUGUUCCAAACAAUAUUUCAUUCUAAGAAGUGGGGUACAUUGGGAUUUGUCCUGCUUGAGAUAUUAUUUUGGGGUGUAAUUGCUGGAUUCCUGCACAUGAAACGUGUGUAUAUAAAACUGUAGCUUGUAGGUGCAGUAUUACAUUGCACUGCAUUGUAGCAUGCCUCGGCAAGAUAAACAAAUUUGCCAAGUUACGCAGCUUAGAAUAUACAGGCAACCAUACACCUCUUAGAUGGUCGUGAAGCUCUAUCCUGCACUAGGAUGUCUUUCUUUGCACACUUUUAUGAAAAUAACUGGCCAAUCAGAUGAGCUGAAAUACCAGGUCGACAGACAAUGAACGCUAUAGGAUUUUGUCAGUUUUAGCUAGGAUAAACAUAUUAGAUUUUUUGUUUUUUGGCCUGUGUUUCCAGAAUUUUCUGUAAGUACCUAGUGAAGGAGACAUGUAGGCAAGGCUAUGGUGUAAAUAUGUUCUGUUGAUGUUGGAGUUAGGCGUCAAGCAUUGCUUGGAAUCAAGGGAAAAACUGAUCCUAAGAAGUGCAGAUUCGAUGACAAGGAAUUCCGAAGUAACAUACUCUCUGCCUUGCACUGUUCUUUGGCUUGGAACUAAAUUAUCUUAUGUGAACCAGAAAUCUUUAUGUUUUAUGUUAGCAAAGCUCGAGAGUGUAAUGAGGCAUUGUCAUCAACAUCUUAAGCUCUUUCUGUAAA